CUAGAUGCUGGCACUCCUCUGGACCAAUAGCAGGGCCCGGUGGUGAUGUCAUGGGGUAGGAGAGGGGCUGUUGCUGAUGCUGCCGCUAGUCUGUAUCCAAGGAGCAAGACAGAGAGAGAGACAGCCUGAUAACCCGGACCUACCCCACCACCCCCAUCCACCAUCAUCAACUCAGCCCUGCUCCGGAGGAGGGAACAGCACUGAGCAGAAUUGACCUGAGCUCAACACAGUGGAAUCAUGACCCUAGCAGCGUACAGAGAGAAGGUGAAAGAGCUCCCCCUGGUGUCUCUGUUCUGCUCCUGCAUCAACCCUCAGACCAUCGACUGUAAGCCCACAUACCAGGCAGAAGAUGCGGUGGCCCUGGGCUGGUGUGUCAUAAAGGACGUGGAGGUGAUAGAGUUGAACAAGCGUUCUUCGGGCCAGGCCUUCGAGGUCAUCCUGAAGCCUCCGUCAUUUGAUGGCGUCCCAGAGCUCAACGCUACCAUGCCCAAACGCAGAGAACUCUCCAUGGAGGAGAUCCAGAAGAAAUUAGAGGCUGCAGAGGAGAGGAGGAAGUGCCAGGAGGCUGAGCUGCUGAAGCACCUGGCAGAGAAGAGAGAGCAUGAGAGAGAGGUGAUUCAGAAGGCCUUAGAGGAGAACAACAACUUCAUCAAGAAUUCCAAGGAGAAGCUGGAGCAGAAGAUGGAGGCCAACAAGGAGAACAGAGAGGCUCUACUGGCGGCCAUGUUGGAACGACUGCAGGAGAAGGACAAACAUGCAGAAGAGGUGAGGAAAAAGGUACUAGCUUUGGCAGACGCGAUGGACCUGGACUUGUGUGUGAUAAAGGACGUGGAGGUGAUAGAGUUGAACAAGCGUUCUUCGGGCCAGGCCUUCGAGGUCAUCCUGAAGCCUCCGUCAUUUGAUGGCGUCCCAGAGCUCAACGCUACCAUGCCCCAACGCAGGGAACUCUCCAUGGAGGAGAUCCAGAAGAAAUUAGAGGCUGCAGAAGAGAGGAGGAAGUGCCAGGAGGCUGAGCUGCUGAAGCACCUGGCAGAGAAGAGAGAGCAUGAGAGAGAGGUGAUUCAGAAGGCCUUAGAGGAGAACAACAACUUCAUCAAGAACUCCAAGGAGAAGCUGGAGCAGAAGAUGGAGGCCAACAAGGAGAACAGAGGGGCUCUACUGGCGGCCAUGUUGGAACGACUGCAGGAGAAGUCUCUCUAG